AUUGAUUUGAUUGCUGGGCCGGGCUGGGCUGGACUCCUGGACUGAACUGGCCUUGGUACUACCUAGGUACCGAGCUGAAUCACUACAUAUUUGACCACCCCCCUCCUGGGACAACAAGAGGAGUGGUGAUUGCUCUGUGUUGUACAAUAAUUCUUGGAUUGUUUUUUUGCUUCCAUAUACUUCAUAAUGAAGACUUCACGAUUACAGCAGACGCUUGGGUGGGCGAUUACUGGAUUCGCCUCUCUCUCCACAGCACAAACCUCAUUCUCCCCCGGCCCAACAUACAGUAUCGGCAUUCCAUCAGACUCAUCCAUCUCGUCCUCCUCAACAGGACCUCUCUACUUCCGUCUCGAAGCACCAACAUCCUACCAAUGGGUUGGUCUAGGUAUCGGGAGCCAGAUGGCCGGCGCAACCAUCUUCGUGAUGUACGCGGACGGCAAUGGGAAUGUUACCCUUAGCGGAAGGAAAUCAACGGGCCAGGUCGAGCCAAAAGCAGAUAGUACGGUGCAAGCUGGAUUGGAAUUGCUGGAGGGGACAGGGAUCGCCGAUGGGAAGAUGGUUGCGAAUGUUCGAUGCACAACAUGCACACUCGACUCCUCCAAGACAUCCUCCAACUCCCCCUGGAUCGCAGCAUGGAGCAUCGGAUCCGCCAUCGACUCGACCUCCACGUCCGCAACACUACGCCAACACUCCGGCAACAACAGAGUCGAAGCCCAAGUCGACCUGUCGAAAGCGUCCAUCUCCUCUGACAGCAAUCCUUUCGUCUCAGCCAGUACGCCCGCGGGGUCACCUAACUCAGGCUCCUCCUCGUCGCCAACUACCGCCGCGUCGGGAAGUAACCCAACGUCUUCAUCUGGAUCUGGAUCUGGAAACAACAAUGGCGGCAACAACAAUGGAAACAGUAACAGUAACAACGGCGGAGUUACGUUCGGCAGCGGAUCGGACUUCCAAGCCAUCACCGACUACCAAAAGGCGCACGGGAUCGUGAUGGGUGUUGUGGUUGUGCUGCUGUUUCCCUUUGGGGCGAUGUUUGUGCGUCUGGGAGGGAGUGGGAUCGUGCAUGGGGUCUUGCAGGUGUUGAGUUUGUGUGCGUUGUUGGUUGGGUUGGGGUUGGGUGUUAAGUUGACGGAUCUGAGGAAGCUGUCAUUCACAACCACCCACCCCCUCUUCGGCCUAAUAAUCGUCGGCCUCUUCCUCAUCCAGCCCAUCCUCGGCCUGGUCCACCACCUGCAAUACAAGCGCAACCUCUCGCGGGCGCCCGUCUCGCACCUGCACAUCUGGUACGGGCGGAUCCUGAUGCUCCUCGCCGUCAUCAACGGCGGGCUCGGCCUCAAGCUAGCGGACAAUACGAAGGGUGGGAAGAUUGCGUAUGCGGUUGUGGCGGCUGUGGUGGGGGUUUUGUAUACUGGGGCUUGUGUUUGGAGGAGGAAGGGUGAUGGGAGAGGAUUGGGGAGGGGGUGGAGGAAGGAGGGGAGUGGGAGUGGGAGUGCGAAUGGAAAUGGGAGUGCGGGGGAGGCGCACCCGUUGCCAGAUUAUACGGGGAAUGGGACGGGGGCGCCGCCUGAGGGGCAUUAUGGUGGGAGGGAGUUUAAGUGAGGCGCGGUGGAGUGAGGCUUCAGUUGAAGGUUGGUCUUGAGGAUUGGGUGUGUGUGAGUGAAUAAAGGAUUGCGGCGUUGUGUCGGAUUAUGGAUCAUACUUAAAAGUCAACAUUUGUUCAUUUCUUUUGUAUCUUUUUAUUAUUACGGGGGCUUGUUUGUUUGGGGUUCGGAUCAGGCGUGAGCAGAAUAUACAGAGGUAUACAGUGUUAGUUAUGCCGCAAGGAUUUGGGCUCUCUCUCGCGAGGGUAUGGGUACGGUGUUGCACUGGUUGUUCUUAAUCGGGCAGGGAGUAAAGAAAGGGAGAAAGGGAUAUAUCCACAGAAAGCCCUGGUACUGGUAUUGGUUUUGGUAUGGUGUGGUAUGGUAUGGUAUGGAUAGACCUAAGGAUGAGGCGGGCAGUGAUAGAUAUUCCAAGUCCACCAAAUGAUUGAUCCUGUUCGGUC